AUGGCCGGGGAGCGGCGCCGGGCGCUGCUGGAGCUGCUGCGGCGGCCGGGGAAUGCGCGCUGCGCCGACUGCGGCGCUCCGGAUCCUGAUUGGGCUUCCUAUACUCUGGGUGUGUUCAUCUGUUUGAGCUGCUCUGGGAUCCACCGGAAUAUCCCCCAGGUCAGCAAGGUGAAGUCGGUCCGCCUGGAUGCCUGGGAUGAUGCUCAAGUGGAGUUCAUGGCGUCCCACGGGAAUGAGGCAGCCAGAGCCACAUUCGAGUCCAAAGUGCCGCCCUUCUACUAUCGGCCCACGUUUUCCGAUUGCCAACUUCUGCGCGAGCAGUGGAUCCGAGCUAAGUACGAGAGGCAGGAGUUCAUCCUUGUGGAGAAGCAGGAGCCGUACUCUGCCGGGUACCGUGAGGGCAUUCUCUGGAAACGGGGCCGGGACAACGGACAGUUCUUAAGCCGCAAGUUUGUGCUGACAGAACGAGAAGGAGCCCUGAAAUACUUCAACAAAAAUGAUGCCAAGGAGCCCAAGGCCGUCAUGAAGAUAGAGCACUUGAAUGCCACUUUCCAGCCGGCCAAGAUCGGCCACCCCCACGGCCUGCAGGUUACUUACCUGAAGGACAACAGCACCCGUAACAUCUUUAUCUACCACGAGGAUGGGAAGGAGAUUGUGGACUGGUUCAACGCGCUGCGAGCCGCCCGGUUCCACUACUUACAGGUGGCCUUCCCUGGGGCCAGCAAUGCAGAUCUGGUGCCCAAGCUGUCCAGAAACUACCUGAAGGAGGGCUACAUGGAGAAAACGGGGCCCAAGCAAACGGAAGGCUUUCGGAAGCGCUGGUUUACCAUGGACGACCGGAGGCUGAUGUACUUCAAAGACCCCCUGGAUGCCUUUGCCCGAGGGGAAGUCUUCAUUGGCAGCAAGGAGAGUGGCUACACGGUGCUGGAGGGGCUCCCUUCGUCUACCCAGGGCCACCACUGGCCCCACGGCAUCACCAUCGUCACCCCUGACCGAAAGUUCCUGUUCACCUGUGAGACGGAGCUGGACCAGAGGGAGUGGGUGGCAGCCUUCCAGAAGGUGGUGGACAGGCCCAUGCUGCCUCAGGAGUAUGCAGUGGAAGCCCACUUCAAGCAUAAACCCUAGCAAGAGAGCCUGGAGGCCCGAGGACACUGCACUUAUGGUGAUGUGGUUGGUGAGGCAACGCUGGACCGUGGGGGAGCCCGCCUCCUGGCCCAAACCCUGCUCCUGGGGGUGGCCCAGGCACAGCCAGGUGGGGCUCCGGCUUCAGCCCCUUGGAUGUUUUUCCGGAACCUCACCGCAGGGAGACCCAGCUCUGGGCCUGGCCAGCCCGGUCCUGUCACACUGCUGCUGACCAUGCCAGCUGACCUGCGUGCGUCCCUGCUGCUGGACGUCCCCUCUCUAAGGACCCUGAUGCGCCUCUCUGCUCGGGCAGCCUCAGCUAACUCUCCUGGCCCGAGGGACCUCUGGGCCUCAGGGCAGUACCCGGUGCCGGGUUUGCCGUGGACAGCAGUGGCAGCGGGCUGGCCUGGCUGCCAGACUAAACUCUGGGACUUGCCGCAUGCCUCCCUUCCCCAGUCACCUCAACAAGUAUUUAUUGAGCACCCGAUGUGUGUUGGUCAGGGGCGGGGGUCAGUUCUCUGUCUGCCAGGGCUGACCCUGCUGGGGUUAGUUUUCUAAGAGAAACACGUGCACACAGGCCGUGGGACCUCCGGUUUCUCCUAGAACAGCUGGCUGGUGUGGCAUGGAGGGCUUGCCAGGCGCCUUGCGUGGAGCCCAGCAGCCCAGGAGCCAGGGUGGCCGCCCCAUCUGCUUACCGUGUCUCUGCCCAGCUUGGUGCUCUCCCUGCCCCGUGACCACACCCUUCAGCCCCGACCUUACAGUCUUUGAGCCCUUUCAGGAUGGUGAGUGGAGUCAAGAGGCGGCCACAGGCAGAGGUGACCAUGUCCCUGGCCCUAUUGCUGCUGGCAGGCCAGUAUUAAAGCCACCCUGUAUUUAUUUCCCACCAGACCCCUUGAGGUUCACUGGCCAUCCCAGCAGCCAGGAUCCCCUUUGUGGGACCCCUGCAGGGUAGGUUCUGGCCUCUGGACAGCUGUGUGGAACACUGCUGGGGGACAUGCCUGUGGGUGACCUGGGCAGCCUCAGCCCUCUUUGGCCAAGCUGUGCCCCAGAGAGCUGGGACAGGUUUCCAGAGGCUAGGUAUCUGCUGCCCUGUAUCAUGUCCUGGAAUAAAGUGUGGCUCUGGCUUGGUC